GGUUCGAUUGGGCUUGGAUUAAUCGAGACCAAUCCGACCGCGUGGCCGCGUAGCCAAAACAGCUAACCCCGUCGCGGCGGAUCCCACGCCUCUCGCCGCCGCCGCCGCCGCCGCCGUCCGCCGCCGGAGAGCGAGGGUGACGAGGAGGAGGCGGGCAAGAUGAAGACGACCAAGGGGGGCAAGGUGAUGAACCCCACCGACGCCUUCCGCAAGCAGCAGCGGAAGAAGGAGCUCAAGCGGAACAAAAAAGAAAGGAAGAAGGUGCGGGAGGUUGGUAUUUUGAAAAAGGAUCCAGAGGCUAUACGGGAGCAGAUUGAGAAAUUGGAGAAGAUGAAGGCUGAUGGUGCUCUCGACAAGGCUAGGAAACAUAAGAAAAGACAGCUUGAGGAUACAUAUAAUCUUAUUGUUAAGAAAAGAAAGGAAUAUGAACAGAAAAUGAAAGAGAAGGGUGAGCAGCCAGUUAUGUUCAGCCAUCUUGGACCACCAAAGAGGCGGUCUGCAGCAGAGGAAGAUGAUGGAGCUAAUCCUAAGCCUGAAGACUCUGUUUACUAUCAUCCAACCUUAAAUCCAUCUGGAGCACCACCACCUGGAAAACCUCCCAUGUACAAAUCACCUAUAGGACCAAGGAUCCCACUGCCUUCCUCAUCCAACGCUGGGGCCUCAUCUUCCAUGUCAGAGUCUGAAGCAGGUCCAUCCACCCUGCCACCCCCUCCACCACCGCCACCAUUGCCAGCCACCUCAGAACCCAUUGAUCCAUCUGCUUCUUUCCCUUUACCCCCACUCCCCCCACCACCCCCACCACCACCUAAGCCUGUCAGUGACUCAGCACUGCCAAGCUUACCACCACCACCGCCGCCUCCACCCGGCCCACCACCAAGAGAACCUUUAUCAGGUCAUACAAUACUUCCACCACCCCCGCCUCCACCGCAGAGGUCGUCUGGUGCAAAUGAGAGCAUGACAGAUUCUGCUCAGCCAUCAGUUGUCCUACCUCCACCACCUCCACCACCUGGGUUGCCACCAAAAUCAAAUGAUGUGGAAGCUUCUGGCACUUCAAACGAGACUCCUGGAUUUAAACAAGAUACCGCUGCAAGGGUCUUACCACCACCGCCUCCACCACAAUCAUCAAAUUUGCCACCUUUACCUCCAAGGCCCCUGUUGCAACCUGAUAUGGUAGCUCCUGGAGCCAUGAGAUUUCCACCACCGCCAGAUUCAAGGCCACAGUUUAUGGCUCCUGGAGUUGCCAGGCCACCUCCACCUCCUCCAGGAUUACCCCCAGCUCAGAUGCCGAUGCCACCAUAUGGCGUUCUUCCUGGUCCACCACCAAUGCCUAGGCCUCCAUUUUUGCCAGGACCCCCUAUGCAUCCAGAAGAGUUUGCUGCCUUUGGACCAAGGCCUCAGUUACCUCAGCAGCCAUCAUAUGUGAAGUCAGCGGCCCCAACAGUUAUCAAAAGACCAUUAGCACAGCACACUCCUGAGCUGACGGCUAUGGUGCCUGCAUCAGUUCGGGUCAAGAGAGAAUCUGCCCUCCCGAAACCAAAACCAAAGGUGCAGCAGCAGCAGCAGUCAUCAACGCCAUCCAUUUCAAAGCCUUCAGUGACCCUUAUAAGAACCGAUGCUCAGCCUUCCUCAUCAGCACCCAAGCCGCCAAGCAUGGAUGAUUCAUAUAUGGCAUUCUUGGAAGAUAUGAAGGAAUUAGGUGCUCUUGAUGGGUAACUCAAGUAGAGAUGUCUGAUUGCACUAUAGCUUCUGCUGUCUGAACACGAGCCCCAUCAUUGAUCUGUGGCUACUGAAUCCUUCUCAGAUACUUGAGAUCAUUUCAUAUGCCCCAAAAGAAAACAUUGAGAUUAGUUUAGUUGAAAAAUUGGGAAAACAAUUGUAAUCAACCUUUUGAUAACUGUGCUGUUAUGCUGCCUAACUGUGCAAUGAUAA